AUGAGCGGCAGCGGCGGAUUCUACAAGUAUCGAUGCAAGUACUUUAUGACACACGACUGCCCUAACUGGGUGUUUGUGAACUAUGCACCUUGUGCCGACUGCUGUGCUGCUGGACGGGACGCCGACGAAAUGCGCGACGACGGUCAGUCGUCCGGCUUUUACCACAGCCACCACGCACUUUACGCAGCGGCACCCGAGUUCGAGAUUGGCGUGCCCCUCUUCCAGGAUGGUAUCCUGAGCUACUCGCUGGCCCGCCUCACUUCGAGCCUCGAGCCAGGCUCCGACUUUGCCUCGUGGACGACCCACCAGCCGCCGAUGUCUGCCGGCCUCUCGUCGUCCAAUCCGUCUCAGGACGCGCCGCAGGGACAGGACUUUCAGCACGUUCACAGCGGCCAGAACCGUCAGCACGCGCCUUUCAGCAACGAUCAGCAGUCCCAUGGCUAUCACCAACUGCGUCAAACACCCCAGUUCCCCCAUCAGCCACAUCCACCACCACAACUGAUUAAGCUCCAGGGUAGCAGCCCGGGCAGGCAGACGGCAGAGAUAAAGAUGCAGCUGCCACCCCAUGCUGCCAUCAGAGCCUUCCCCGUGGCCACGGCUACGGGAGGCAUUGGCGACGUGAUGCCGACCGGCGCCGCUCCCGGUCUGCUUCUGUACUGA